AUGGGAAGAGGAAGAAGAAGAAAAAGAAAAGGGAAGGGAAAUGAGAGGUUGUGGCUGUCGGAUUUGAAGGUGGCUCGUGGUGUCCGUGAGGCACUGAGCAAAGAAAGCUCAAGAAACAACAAGGUUCAGAAGGGUGCCAAUGGUAAUAACCAGCCCAAAGGCGGUGGUCCACAAGGAGCCCCAAACCAGCAACAGCAACAGCUGCAGCAGAUGAAAGCGCUUCAAGAUAUGAAGAUGCCCCAAUUCAAGGGACUCAGUGGGCCCGUGCCCUUGAACAAGGACCCGAACCAGAAGGCGGUGAGGUUCACCUUGCCCGAGGACAAUGAUCUGAGCGAUGAUGAAUUUGAUGAAUAUGAUGAUGAUGAUGACUAUGAUGACGAUGAAUUGGAUGAUGAAAUGGCUGAUCAGAUUAUGAGCAAGUUGAAACCGGUUAUGGGUGAUGGUCAGAUGAUUCCCAAUGUGGUGAUGAAUGGGCAGCAGCUUAUGAAUGCUCAGGCCAAGCCUGGUGGCGGUGCUGGUGCUGGUGGUAAUGGAGGAAAUGGCGGUAAGAAGGGCGGCCCUGGCGGCGGCGGUGGUGGAAAUGUGCCUGUUCAGGUGAAUGGUGGAAAGAAAGGAGGUGUUGAAAAUUCCAGCGGGCAGCAAAGGCAUGGGUGCCAGUCGACUGCCCGCCGGAAAAAAAGGAAUAUAGGCCUAAAUCUUAUUGCUCUGAUACCAUGCAAAAAAACUGAUGUAUUAUUGAUUGAUGUAUUGUUGAUAUAUUGUCUAUUACAAAUGGUUUCUUAUAUAGAUGUAGGUGUAGUGGAUGGUGGUGGUAGGUGAGUGUAGUAGGUGAGU